AUGAUUCCACAUUUACAUUUAGUGUUUAAAAUACACAUAUACAAUUAAUUAUUAAAUCCAUUCAAAUCUCCUUAAACUGUUUUNUAUAUCUCCUUAAUUUCUAAGAGAGAAUUAACCAUCUAAAGUAGUUUAUAUAAGAGGUCUCAAUAAUUAAAAUAUUACACCAUUAAACAUUUUUAAUUUAUUGUCAAAUUUUGGUAAUGUUUUAGUUAUAAUCUAUAUUAAACACAAGACAUCAGCCUUGGUUUAAUUUUAAAAACUAUCUCAUGCACAAAAUGCUUUAGAUCAUUUGAAUAAUUAAAUCUUUUUUGGUUAGAAACUUAAAAUCUUUUAUUCAAAUUAUUAAGAAAUUUAAUUUCCAUUACCAUUUCAAUCACCAUAGACUGUAGUAUUUAUGCCCUAACAAUCUUAAUUUAGAUUUAGUGAAACAAAAUCAAUCUCUUUUAAUCCACCAAGUUAAACUUUGCAUUUAAGUAACAUAAAAGGUAAAAUAUGCGAAGAUGAAUCUUAUAUUAAGGAAUUAUUUAGAGGAAUAGGAAAUGUACAGGCAAUCAAAUUUAUUCAUAUUGAUAAGUAUAAUAAAUCUUAAAAUUAAGAUAAAAACAUAUGGCAUUAGUAAGACUAUCAUCAUUAGAAGAAGCAUUGAAUGGAGCAGCUUUACUUCAUGGCAAAGAAAUAAUGGGUAGAAAAAUCAAUGUUUCAUUUACAAAAAGUAAAUUAUGCUGA